UCACCCAGCAUAUAAAAAAAGGAUCCACAGUUGGGCUGUGGCACAGAUUGUUUGAAAGCACAGAGCAGGAACCCGUGCUCCGGUGCUGUCAGGGAUUUCCUUCCUUGGAGGCACUCAGCUGAUCCCUGCAGGAAUGGCCUUGGGGCUCAGAGCUUCUCCACCAGUUGUGCUUCUGCUCCUGUCGCUGCUGGGUCUGGCUGCUGCUGGGAAGCUCCUGGUGGUGUGGGUGGAUGGGAGCCCCUGGUUCACCAUGCGGGAGGGGCUGGUCCUGCUCCAGCAGAAGGGACAUGAGGUGGUUGUGGUGGCACCUGAAGUGACUUUGCAUGUCAAACCAUCAAAGAAUUUUGUGAUGAAAAUAUAUCCAGUCCCCUUCACACAGGAAGAGUUGGACAAAGCAUUCAAGGCAUUUUUUAAUAUCACAUUUGAAGAAGGAUUUUUUCUAGAAAGAUAUUUUAAAGCAUUUGAAGCUAUGAAAAGAUUCACUGAUUUUGCGUUCUCCAGCUGCAGAAGCCUCCUGCAAAACAAAGAGCUCAUCAGGUACCUUGAGGAGAGCAAGUUCGAUGCCAUCCUUACAGACCCUGUAAUACCUUGUGGGGUGAUCCUGGCUGAGCAUCUUUCACUUCCUUCUGUGUAUUUCUUACGGGGAAUCCCAUGUGGGUUGGAUUUUGAAGCCACUCAGUGUCCCAAUCCUCCUUCCUAUGUGCCCAGGGGAUUUUCCCAAUUUACAGACCACAUGACCUUUUUCCAGCGGGUGAAGAAUCUGCUCUUUGACACCCAAAACCUUUUCCUCUGUGAUUUUGCCUUUGAACCCUACUCAAAACUGGCCUCUGAGUUCCUGCAGCAAGACGUGACUGUGCAGGAUCUCUUACGGAAGGGCUCAGUUUGGCUCCUGAGGUUGGAUUUUGUGCUUGACUAUCCAAGACCCUUGAUGCCCAAUAUCAUUCCAAUUGGAGGAGCAAACUGUGCUCACAAGGAGCUGCCUCAGGCAGCAGUCCUGUACCUUCUCACCUUUAAAGUGUGCUCUGCAUUUGCUGAUUUCAUUUCACAUAUCCAGAACCAUUUUGUGUAA